CUCAAGCUUAAUAUCGAUGGUAUAUAUUUUUUAUUCGCAUAUCGCGCAAAUUAUUUAAAAAAGAAUGAGCAAGCGCGACGCGUAUGAACAUAAUAUCAGCCAGCUGCUGGAGGAUGUUAAUGAGCAGCGACAGCAGGCGUACCGUUUUGCGCGCGCCAUGGAGCAGAGCAUUCUCAUUGACAGCAGCGACAAUGACAGCGGCGACGAAUACAGGAUACCGCCAAUAAAAAAGUCAGUCUCGCAACCAGCCCUAAUUUUAGAUGAAGAUAGUAUCACUAGAGGCAGCUGUCGAAGCGUGCAUUUGACGGAUUCGCCGCCAGCCAGCUUUCUAGACGACUUUGCGCGCGAUUUUGUCGAAAAUUACAAGCCCACACACCCGCCAGCCCGAAUACUUGGGCGGCUCACACAAUACCCUUGCCAAAGAGUAAAAUCAAUUCGCCGGGAUGCCGAGUCCGACGUGAAAGGCAACGGCGGCAAUGGUGCGAGUCGAGGCGCGCCCGCAAAACAAAUAUUUUGCUUGCCAAAAGAUGUUGACUCGAGAAAAUUUGAUACUGCCAGACACAAUUACUGCACUCCGACUAAAUCCGGCGCACGCCGCCAGGCAGAUUCGCGACGAAGCCCAGCAUUGCCACAGAGUGUCUAUACGCAGAGUAGCCUAGAGACUCUGCGAAAGCCAACAAACCGGAUAGAAAUUGAAACACCCCAAAGGUCUGACAUAUUGAGGACUCGCGAAACGCCCGGAAUAUUUAGCGCGCACAGAGCUGUUGAACCACAAGCUCAUCCGGUUUCUCAGAGCGAGUCCGAGACGCACAGAAAUAUGAGUCUGUCGAGCAAAUUGGACAAACGCUCGCGGCGAGUGAAGGCGAGAGCGCAGAUUUGCAGCCGACUCUGGACGAGAGCCGGAUGUCAAAGAUAGACAGAGCAGCUCGAAUGCAGCUGUGGGACCGCUUUGGCACAACGGACAGAUGCCGAACGCGGAAAGACGACAAAGAUGAUGAGCGAAUAUUGGAACUCGUGCGGCUGGCCGAGCAAAUG